CUGAACUCACCGCCCCAGCCAGCUGCACAGACCCGGGCAGGCGCUUGCUCGCGCACGGGGGUGGGGCUUUUUCAGGCUGCUGACUAAGAUGGUGUCGGCUGGACUUCCCGGGACCGCCGCCUAAGGGGAUCGAGGGCCAACAGCCGGAGGGACCGCCGAGCCCAUUGUCCCGCCCGGACAGGACCGUGCGGAGCCCGUAAGUUCCAGACUCGAAGAACCGAAGCACAGCCAAGUACGCCGUGGGACCUAACCAGUGUUUAAGAGAACGCCGAAAGCGCGGGGAGGCGGGCCUGACUCCCUGUCACCAUCUCGCGACAGCCAAGUGACGUCGCACAGCAAGCGCGUGUUCUAGGCUUUCACCUUCAGACGCCGCAGUUUACGGGCCUGCUCCUUUAAGUAAGUGAUGGACAGCGCUUCUACCCUAUUGGGUCUCUCGCCCACAGCCAAUCAGAUUUAAACUUCCUCCAGCCGCCGGAGAAGUUGGAAGACUGGGGUCGAAAGAGAGCAAGAGAGUGAGCGAGAGGGAGCUCUUUGUCUCUCGCGAGAUCGGGGAGAGCUAAGUUCUCGGGGGAAAAAAAAGCAACAACAACAGAAAACAACAAAAAACCCCAAAACGCCAGAACUGAUGUCCAGACUUCCCAAGUAGUGGCUUAAAGGACGUGGUCACAAGCCAAUGAGAGGGAAGAGAAGGUGGGCUCGCUGCGUUCGCCGUGCUAGGAGUACCGUUACAGGGCAGACUUUUGGUCCAAUCAACGCUUCCAGGCUUUGGGUCAGGUGACCAUGAAGUGCGAGGGGCGGAGCCACGGCCUGGCGCGAGGAACCGUUAAGAUAGACAACGAAUAUAACCAAUGAGGUACUCCGACUCGGGCGUUGGGAACCCAAUAACAGCGUCGAGGCGGGCGCCUUCCCGGAGCGCGGGGAGAUGUAAAGACGGACAAAUAGUUUUUCCAAUGAGAAGGCUGAAGAGUGAAUUAAUUGACCAAUGAGGUCUGCGGGGCGGGAGCCUUUGCCGCGGCGGAGUCCAAGAUGGCGGCGUGCGAGUCCGCUGUGUGAAACGAGCGCGGGGUGGCGGGUUAGUCAGCUCCGCAGAGACGACCUCCGGCGACCCUCCACAAUGAAAGGGAAGGAGCGCUCGCCGGUCAAGCCCAAACGCUCCCGCGGUGGCGACGACUCCAGUUCUCGCGGAGAACGGAGCAAGAAGUUAGGGGGGUCUGGCGGCAGCAAUGGGAGCAGCAGCGGGAAGGCGGACGGCGGCGGGUCGCGGCGGAGCCUCCACCUGGACAAGUCCAGCAGCCGAGGUGGCAGCCGCGAGUAUGACACCGGCGGGGGCAGCUCCAGCAGCCGCUUGCAUAGUUACAGCUCCCCCAGCACCAAAAAUUCCUCAGGCGGGGGCGAGUCGCGCAGCAGCUCCCGGGGUGGAGGCGGGGAGUCACGUUCCUCCGGGGCCGCCUCCUCCGCGCCCGGCGGCGGGGACGGCGUGGAGUACAAGACCCUGAAGAUCAGCGAGCUGGGGUCGCAGCUGAGCGACGAGGCGGUGGAGGACGGGCUGUUCCACGAGUUCAAACGCUUCGGUGAUGUAAGUGUCAAAAUCAGCCACCUCUCGGGUUCUGGCAGCGGGGAUGAGCGGGUGGCCUUUGUGAACUUCCGGAGGCCCGAGGACGCGAGGGCGGCCAAGCAUGCCAGAGGCCGCCUUGUUCUCUAUGACCGGCCUCUGAAGAUAGAAGCCGUGUACGUGAGCCGGCGCCGCAGCCGCUCCCCGUUAGACAAAGAUCCCUACCCGCCGUCGUCCAGCGUGGUGGGAACCUCCGUGGGGAGCCACCGGCACGCCCCUGGAGGAGGCGGCGGUCAGAGGUCACUUUCCCCUGGCGGGGCCGCGUUGGGAUACAGAGACUACCGGUUGCAGCAGUUGGCUCUUGGCCGCCUGCCUCCUCCACCCCCACCACCAUUGCCCCGAGAGCUGGAAAGAGAACGAGACUAUCCGUUCUAUGACAGAGUGCGCCCAGCUUACAGUCUGGAGCCCAGGGUGGGCGCUGGAGCGGGGGCUGCUCCUUUCCGAGAAGUGGAUGAGAUCUCACCCGAGGAUGAUCAGCGUGCCAACCGGACACUUUUCCUGGGCAACUUAGACAUCACUGUGACAGAAAAUGAUCUAAGAAGGGCUUUUGAUCGUUUCGGAGUCAUCACAGAAGUGGACAUUAAGAGGCCUUCUCGGGGCCAGACCAGUACCUAUGGUUUUCUUAAAUUUGAGAAUCUAGACAUGUCUCACAGGGCUAAACUAGCAAUGUCUGGCAAAAUUAUAAUUCGAAAUCCAAUCAAGAUUGGUUAUGGUAAAGCUACACCCACUACCCGACUUUGGGUGGGUGGCCUGGGACCUUGGGUGCCUCUUGCUGCCCUGGCACGAGAAUUUGAUCGAUUUGGCACCAUACGAACCAUAGACUACCGCAAAGGUGAUAGUUGGGCCUAUAUACAGUAUGAAAGUUUGGAUGCAGCUCAUGCUGCCUGGACCCAUAUGCGUGGAUUCCCACUUGGUGGCCCAGAUCGUCGCCUUAGAGUAGACUUUGCAGACACAGAACACCGUUACCAGCAGCAGUAUCUUCAGCCUCUGCCCUUGACUCAUUAUGAACUAGUGACAGAUACUUUUGGUCAUCGAGCACCUGACCCUUUGAGGAGUGCUCGGGAUAGGACACCACCCUUACUAUACAGAGAUCGUGAUAGGGACCUUUAUACUGAUUCUGAUUGGGUGCCACCCCCACCACCAGUUCGGGAACGCAGUGCUCGUGCUGCAGCUAGUGCUGUGACUGCUUAUGAGCCCCUGGAUAGCUUGGAUCGAAGGAGGGAUGGCUGGUCAUUGGACAGGGACAGAGGUGAUCGGGAUUUGCCCAGUAGCAGGGACCAGCCGAGAAAGCGAAGACUGCCUGAGGAAAGUGGAGGACGGCAUCUGGAUAGAUCACCUGAGAGUGACCGGCCACGAAAACGUCACUGCACUCCUUCUCCUGACCGAAGUCCAGAACUGAGCAGUAACAGAGAUCGCUACAACAGUGACAAUGAUCGAUCGUCCCGUCUUCUUCUUUUGGAAAGGCCUUCUCCAAUCAGAGAUAGACGGGGCAGUUUGGAGAAGAGCCAGAGUGAGAAGCGAGACCGUAAAAACUCUGCAUCAGCUGAAAGGGAUAGAAAGCACCGGACAGCUGCUCCCACAGAGGGAAAAAACCCUCUGAAAAAAGAAGAACGGUCUGAUGGCAAUGCACCCAGUACCAGCACUUCUUCAUCAAAGCAGAAACCUCCUUCCCAGAAUCAGGAUGGAGGGACAGCUCCUGUUGCAGCAUCCUCUCCCAAACUCUGUUUGGCUUGGCAAGGCAUGCUUCUACUGAAGAACAGCAACUUCCCUUCCAACAUGCAUCUAUUGCAGGGUGACCUCCAAGUUGCUAGCAGUCUGCUUGUGGAGGGUUCAACUGGAGGCAAAGUAGCCCAGCUCAAGAUCACUCAGCGUCUCCGAUUGGACCAGCCCAAGUUGGAUGAAGUAACUCGUCGCAUCAAAGUGGCAGGGCCGAAUGGUUAUGCCAUACUUCUGGCUGUACCUGGAAAUUCUGACAGCCGGUCCUCCUCUUCCUCAGCCACAUCAGACACUGCCACCUCUACUCAGAGGCCACUUAGGAACCUUGUGUCCUAUUUAAAGCAAAAGCAGGCAGCUGGGGUGAUCAGCCUCCCUGUGGGAGGCAACAAAGACAAGGAAAACACGGGGGUUCUUCAUGCCUUCCCACCUUGUGAGUUCUCUCAGCAGUUCCUGGAUUCCCCUGCCAAGGCACUGGCCAAAUCUGAAGAAGAUUACCUGGUCAUGAUCAUUGUCCGUGCAAAACUGGUGAACAGCGGAUGAAGAUACGGAAUUCAAAGCUCUAAUGGACCUUUUUGAAGAGAAGUUGUGGCUCAUGUGGAGUUUACAUGGGCCUCUGAUGGAAGAAAGCUAAUCUGUUUAGUAUUUUGUGCAUUUUACUAAAAUGGCAGCUUAACAUUGUGUAUCUGCUAUUGUGAUGCCAAUGCCGGUGUUUUAAGUGGAAAAAUGACCUCUUUGCUUUGUGCUGUGUACACAAGAUUUCUGGAAAAGUAAAGAAAAACCCUUUUUAUGGCUCACACAGCUUAAAAGUAGCUGUCACUCAAACAUGGGCUCACAGUUGAGCUGCUUUUGUUUUAUUCUAAAUAAAUUGUUUCUUUUGAGGAAAAUGUUUUUCUGCCUGGAAGUGAAUUGACGGCAAACCUUGACCCCUUUGUUUGCAGCUGAGCGGGUACUUGCUGCUGCUCAGAUCUUGUAUGUCUUGAGCAAGAAGCAGGGAGACCAUCAAUUUCAUUUUGACUAUCGCGGUGUGUCAAUACUGAAGGAUCAUAGUGUUACAGUUGACCCCCUUUGUUUGCAGUGAAGGGGAUCCUUUGCUUCUCGGUCCUCAACACGAUGAGGUUGCUGUUUGCUGGCGUGCAAGAAGCCGGGGCAAGCACUCUAAGCCUCACCAAAGUGCACGAGUCGGGGGCUUUGCUGGUUUGAAGAGCCGGAGUUCCUGAAAUUUAAGUUUUGAUUUAUUUUGUUCACCCAUCACGUUUGGCUUUAGUUUCAUUUUUUAAUUUGAAGAAAAGUUUGAAAUUGCAUUAUCUUGCACUUUUAACAUUUGCACCAAAUUGCCAAAAGAAGGAGAAAUGCUCCGGUUGCUUUUUAAAUGUUAAUGAUGGUGUUAAUAAAGCCUUUCCUGACACAUUUGAGGAGCUCCUCCAUCUCCAGGGGCUUCUUUCCAGAGUUAUGCAGUGAUGGGUUUAGUUCUGAAUGGAUGAAGAGUUCCUGAGAGCUAGCGUUUGUAAUUAGAACCGUUACUUGGUAUCUAUGCCUUGUUUGACCUGUGGUUCCACAUGCCUUGGAUGUGCAUGCAUCGUGACGGUUUCAUAGGUACGAACGCACACUCAGGCCCAGUCACUUCGGUUGGUAGUACAGAUUGUGAGGAAAAAAAUGGAGGCAUCCUUAAGGAGGAGAAAGUAUUUGCCUUUAGUUCCUGCAUUAUCCUGUACAGGGGCUCUUGAGUUUUGGAAGCCUGUUCCCAGUACAGGAGAAAAAACUUCCCUGUUUGCAGCAGAAUGCUUCAGUGCACAGUGACAACGCUGGAGUUCAAGAGGAAGCCAGCAAUUCUGCACCUUUGGCUUCAGACACCAUGGUUGUUUGCCAGUUGUAAACUUAACUAGUUGCAGACGAAGACCACCUUGACAUGCAGGCUUGUUUGGGCUUGUUUUGAAUUUUAACCUCGGAUGGAAGAGCUCUAGUGCUGUCUUGUCUCCAUGCGGGAUGAUGAUUGCUAGGCAACAGGUGAUUAUCAACCAAGGAUGCCACGAUUAUACUCUGCAAGGUGGUGUUCCAGUGGUAAACAGCUGUAUAAACUUGUAAACAGGAACUACUGACAAAACCUAUAGCUGACUUUUGGAUAUGACUUUAUUGCUCAGCAACUAAAAGAUGAGUUCUAAUUGCCAGACUCUGGUACUGGCAUUGUCCUCCUGUUUCUAUAGAAACUGGGUUGGAAGUCAGAGCUGCACAGAGGGAAAGGAAUUUGAUUGUUGAACUGAGUUAAGAAUUCUGUUAAGAGUUAGAAGCCAGCCUGGUCUACAAAGCAAGUUCCAGGAUAGCCAGAAACCCUGUCUCAAAAAACAACAACAAAAACCCUGCUAGGGGCUGCUGAGAUGGCUUAACAGGUAAUAAAAUGGUUCUUGCUACAAAGCCUGGUGGCCUGAGUUCCAUCUCUGGAACUCAUGAUGGAAGAAGAGAACUGACCCCCACAGGUUGUCUGUCCUGUCCUCCACACAUACAUUGUGGCAUGUGCAUGUCCACACACAGACUCACACAGUGAGUGCUCAAAAAGAAGGAAAAAGCAUCUGUUAGUCUGGCUGUUACGUUUCCACUUAUGGUCAUCAUGUUAGGAUUUGAAAUAGACCCAGGAAGUCCUUGAUCCCAGAGUUCCUUGAUGGUCCUUCAACUGUGAGGUUGAGAAUUCUGAGACUGAACUUUUCUCUGUUGGAUAGGAGGUAUAGUGACAAACUUCAAAGAUGUAUGGACACUGAUUUUAUUUUAUUUCAUUUCUUUAUGUUGAGAUGUGGAUCUCACCAGGUAGCCCUGGAUGGCCUAGACUGGCUGUGUAGACCAGGAUAGCCUCAGACUUACAAAGAUCUGUCUGCUUCUGCCUUUCAAGUACUGGAAUUAAAGGUAUGUGCCACCGUGCCUGGUCAGGUCCUAAUCCUUUUGCUUCUCAAGGACACUGGUUGGGUACUGCAGUUUUCUCUCUUACCUUGGUUGUGUUGUAAAAUAUUUAUGUGUUCUAUAUGUGUCAUGAUAUGAAUAAAUCUCGGGAAACAUGGUUUAGCAAAUUCAAUCCUUUUAAGGUUGGAACUCACUAAAGGCCCCAGGAUAGAAAUGUGCCGUAAGAUUUAUCAGGAUACUUAAACAUUGGCUCUCUGUGCUCUGUUUUAUUAGAGGAUUAGCAUCUGGACACCCAGUCUUUGCAAAGGCAGAAUGAUAAUUUUCUCCUCUUAAACCACAAUAGAGCUAUUUGGAAUUUAUUACUGAUGUUUUCAUAGAUAUUCAUCAAUCUUAGGAACCCUGAGUUAGAGUAAAGCUGGGUGUAGGGUUGGUUUUGACAUAAAUUAACCGCCUAAUAAUGAACAGUUUACUUAUUUUCUUCAAUGUUAGCAUAUUCCUGUUUAUACAGACAGGGAACUUUGCUGUUUUCUCACUUGUCUUCCACUUACCCCAGUCUUCAUAGUGGAUCUCUAACAGACCAAAUGAUUGAGCUAUUUUGUUUUCUUCUAAUAAAUUCUUAGGCCACAGAGAGAUUCUCUGUUAUUAGGCAUGAUAAAACUUUAAAGGCUAAUUUGGUAAAUGGUGGAGCAAGGAUAGAAGUUUUGUUCAAUAUUGUACUUGAUGAUAGACUGGAAAUAGGGAUUAACCUGUCAGUUCAUGACAUAGCUUACUUAUUAGAGGGGCAGAGACUUCCUUGGAUGGAUUGAUUUUUAUAUAUUAUCCAUUUUCUUUUCCUAUAAUACACGGAGCUAGAAAAGAUAACCAGUUUCUCUGUUAUUUCUAAUUUACAAGGUUGAAAUCCCUGAGAAGGAACAGGAUUAGAACUUUUUCUCAAGUAGGGCAUGGUAUACUUGCCUUUAAUCUCUGCACUUGAAAGCUAGGAGAAUCUGGAGUUCAAGGUCACUCUAUACUAUAUAGCAAGUUCUAAGCAGCCUGUACUAUACAGAGAAACCCUUAGAAAAUCAAAAAGAUUAAUAAAUAUUUAAAAGUUUCCUUAGAGGGCCUUGAGAGAGUGAAGAGUCUUGUGUACUGAGUUUCAGCAAACUAAAGUUGCUUAGUGGUUACUGCGUGAAUAUAAGAAAUCAUCAAACUAAUUUAAAAGUUUAGGAGAGUUUUUAGGAUAUUUGUGCUUGAUUUAAGUAUUUAUAUGUAUAUGCAUAAUGUAUUUGUUUAUUGGGAGUGGGGAAUAGUGGGAGAAGGGAGAAUGAUACUCGGUUUUAUUUUGUAGGUAGCUAAUCGAGCCUUAUAAUUUUAAAUGAAAUAGCUUUUAAUUUUGAGCUCAUGUCGAAUGCUUUGUAGUCAAGAUUAGAAAUCUUAUGUAAUAUGGUUAAUGUCUGAGUUAUAUGUUUGAGAAUAUGAUAAUACUUUUCUGCUUAAAUUGUCAUCUGUAAUAUUGUAUCAUUUAUUUUUUAGCAAGGGUCUGCGAGAAAUAUAACAAAGUUUCAAAUACUAUAUUUUCCCACAACUUUUCAAAGCUGCAAUCUUGGUGCUAAGGUGGAAUCCUGGAGGCUCUCUAUCAGCAAGAAACUGACAAGUUUGGGUGUGCCGUGACAUCUAACCUGCAUUUAGUUUGCUAACCACCUCAGCCAGAGAACUGAGUGUGAUUCGGGCCAUAUUCUUAAAUAAAGUUGGAUUUGUUACUAGUUACUGGAAAAGGAUAGAAGGAAAUCUGGCUGGAGUGGGAAAGGGUAGUGUUCUGUGGUAGGAGGAUAUGUUUUUGGCAUUUUGGCCUUCCAAUUUUUGUCCUAUAUUAAGGAGUUGUGUUGCUGUUACAUUUCUUGUCAUAUUCAUGAUGAUAAAGAUAUAUAAAUGAUUUUAUUUUCCAUGUUUUCUAUUUAUAGAUUUUUUUUUCUAAUUGUGUAUUUUUUUUAAAAAGUUACAUGCUUUCUAUAGGCUUCCUAUGUUUUUAUCUUUGCUAGAAUUAUUAAAAUGUUGUAUAGAACUAACGUUUUUUUCUUUUUCAUUCCCAUACAGGAAGGAGAAGUUUAUUGUUUAUGUAUUCACUGUUACCAAUUUAAAACAAACGUUUUUGUCUGAGGAUUCACUGUUUUCCUGUUUGCCAGAUUCCUACUUAAACAUGCAUAUACUCUUUUAUAGGAAUUUCAGCUUUUCAGUUGGUAUUAGAUAUGGGUAAGUAAAAAUGAGACUUCUACAGCUCUGAAGAUUACCAGUAAAUGUUUAGAGUUAACGGCGAACACAGUCAUGUAAUUUCCCACACCUCUUAAUAGUCAGGUACUGUUUUAGAUUUCAAGUACUAGUAAUUGAACCUAGGACCUUACACAUGUUAGGCAAGUAGUCUAUUACUGAGCUACCUCUCCAUUCCAGAGAACUGAGUUACUUUGAAAACCAACAUUGUAGUGUGUGGUGUUUUUUGUUUUUUUGGGUUUUUUUUUUGAUUGCUGCUAAAGUCAGAACUUGGAAAGAGACCUAAUGGUCUUCAUAAAGUCCUCUUUAUCAUUUCAUAAAGGAAUGACUUAAAGAAACAAGACUUGCUUCCACGAAACUUCUUUUAACAAGAUGUUUAGCCACAUAACAUCGUUAUUAAUGAGACAUUCCUUGUUUAGUGUCUUAUAAUCUUGACAUACCAAGAGCAACUCUGAGACAAAAAAAUCUGAGCUUUUAGCAGUAGCCUGAUUACUACCCUUAACUUGUUAGAACAUUGAUGACUGCCCAUUCCUUAGGACUAGUGGAUACAAGUAUCUUUCAGGAGCUCUAUGUUUAUCCUUACAUAUAGUUCUAAGUAUCCUAGACUUUGAGUAAGAAAAGGCUAUAAACAUUUUUUUCUGACUGAUGGAAAACAAAUAUUUUUAUAGUGCAUUAGGUGUGCUCAUGAAAUAAAAGUUUCACAAUAAAAUGAUUCUGUUUUCUAAUUUA